AUGGCUCGUGGAAGAGGAACUGCGAGGAAGAAGCAGUCGGCAAAGGACAAGGAGUUGGCAAAGAAGCCCGUUGCAGGUCCCAAGUCUAUGGUGAUCCGGAUUGGUGCACAAGAAGUCGGAAAAUCUAUCUCAGACCUCGUCAACGAUGUCAGGCAUUGUUUGGAACCCGAUACCGCUAUUAGGCUCAAGGAGCGACGUGCGAACAAGCUCAAGGAUUACCUCGUCAUGUGCGGUCCGCUAGGUGUUAGCCAUCUGCUCCUCUUCUCUAGGUCAGAAAGCGGCAACACAAACCUUCGACUCGCCCGUACUCCCCGAGGUCCUACGCUCCACUUCCGUGUUGAAAACUAUUCUCUCUGCAAAGAUAUUAUCAAAGCCAUGAAGCGCCCGCGAUCUGGUGCAAGCGACUACUUGGUUGCACCAUUGCUCGUCAUGAACAACUUCUUGACAAGCGACAGCGACAGAGAGAAGCUGGGGGGAAAAGCGCCGCCAAAGCACCUUGAGAAGCUCGUAACGGACAUGUUCCAAGGCCUCUUCCCACCGAUCCAACCGCACACCACCCCUCUUCACUCAAUCAAGCGAGUUCUCCUCCUCAACCGCGAGCCUCCUUCUGAGGACACCGGGUCCGUCAACAUCAGCCUGAGACACUAUGCAAUCACAACAAAGCAAGUGGGAAUACCAAAAGCCAUUCGACGACUCUACGCAGCUGAGAAGCUUGUAGGGAGCAGGGAAAGAAAGAAGAGCGCACUUCCUAACCUAGGCAAGCUCGAGGACGUCGCAGACUACAUGCUCGACCCCUCAGCAGCAGGCUACACAUCCGCCUCGGACACGGAACUAGACACAGACGCCGAAGUCGAAGUCACAGCUCCAGUCCGCCAAAAAGUGCUUUCGCGCCGUGAAAAAGAAAAGCUCAAAGCUGGCGACGAGACCUCGCACGCCCGCGCCCGCGGCUCCAAGCCCCGCGUGGAAAAACGUGCAGUCAAGCUGAUUGAGCUGGGCCCCCGUAUGAAGCUGCGCCUCACUAAAGUCGAAGAAGACGUGUGUGGCGGAAAGGUUCUCUGGCACGAAUUCAUUACCAAGAGUAAGGCUGAGGAACAGGAGCUGGAGAAGAGGUGGCAGCAAAAGAAUAAAGAAAAGGAGGAGAGACGGCGUAUUCAGCGGGAGAAUAUCGAGAGGAAGAGGAAGGAGAAGGCGGAUAAGGGAGAGACUGCUGAGGGAGAAGGCGAGGAAGGAGAGGAGGAUGAGGAGAUGGAGGAUUUUGAGGACUACGACAUGGACGAUGAUGUGUGGCAGGAUGCUGCGGAUGCAGGAGAGGAGGGCGAAGACGAUGAAGAUGAGGAGAUGGAAGAAUGA